AUGUGGUGGAACUCCGAAUCACCCAGAAACCCCCUGCCGUGCCAUGGCGGUGCGGUGCGCCGAACCGGCCCCCGCCCACCCGUUAAUUCACCAGAAGUCCGUCCGGGGCUGGCGGCCGCUCGGAUCAGAAAAAAUGCAAGUCGAACUCGGAAGCAGGUCGAACAAGCAAGCAAGUCCAAAAGGCACGACGUUGCGCGUACCCUGUGUACUAGCAAGAAGAUCUCGCGCGGUCCGACGUCACUCUCGUGUACUUAUACGUCUCUCGUGUUAUUGAGUACCAUUCCAAUGCGUCGAGGUUGCGGGGUCUGUAGAACGAAAAUCACCGACUAUGACAUUAUUUGGACAUGCGCAACGGGAGAGGUUGACCUCCGCGCUUGCGUGCGCCCAAAUCAGCCACAUCCUAACGUCAACACGAAACGGAAAGUACAGUACAAGAUGUGGCUGAAAAUGGCGCGCGGAGACCCAGUGUCUGUAACGGGCCAGCAAGUCCAUGACAAUAUGACACCCAGCAGCUGCGGCAUUCUAGCAUUCAGCACAGCGCUAGGCGACUUUGGGUAUCAUCGCUAUUCUUCUUAUUUCCCUUUCCCUCCUUCCUCUCCUUCCUUCCUAGAAUUGGAGGUGCUUUUCGGAGAGGGAAAUUCAAAGGCGGCGAGGUGUCGGAUGCAACUUGCUGCCGGGUGUUGUUGGUCUUUCCCAGUCGACACCAAAUCCCACGCCCCCCUUUUGGAACCCUGGAAGUCGGCCGAGAUGCUGAGUUACCCCAACGUGCUCGCACGAAUAACAGGAACAGAAGGAUACCAUGGCAUCACAUUCGUAUUGGGUUAG